GGAUAACCACAAAAACUGUUACGGAGAUUGGAUGAAGGAAGAGAUUAGAAUAGUGUUGAUUGGUAAAACCGGAAGUGGAAAAAGUGUCACAGGAAACAGCAUUCUCGGGGAAACAAUAUUCCAUUCAUCUUUAUCGGGGUCAUCUGUAACAAGGAAGUGUUCAAAAAAACACACAGUUAGAUUCAACAGAAAAAUUCUAAUUGUUGAUACCCCUGGCAUUUUUGACACCAGGCAGUCAAAUAAAAUUAUCCAGCAGGAAAUUGCAAAAUGUAUAGGCAUUACAUCGCCCGGUCCUCAUGCUUUUAUUUUGGUACUCAGCAUUUCCAGAUAUACUGAGGAAGAACACAGAUCCGUUAUGCAUUUUGUCAACCACUUUGGUGAAAACAUCUACAAGCAUUUCAUCGUCCUUUUUACACGAAAAGAUGACCUUGAUCAGGAAAACAUAACCUUAGCGGAUCAUAUCAAAACGGUUCCUCCACAUUUGAUAAAAUUUAUAGAGAAGAGUGGUGGAAGAGUCAUUGCAUUCAACAAUAGACUGAAAGAUGGAGAUAUGGAUGCACAAGUUGUUGAGUUAUUGUCGAUGAUCUCAGACAAUGUAGAGAACAACGGGGGCAAGUGGUACACAGAUGAAAUGUAUAUCGAAGCUGAAAAGCUUAUAAAGGAAAGAGAAGAGGCGGAUUCAAAGAUCGCAAACGAAGAACGAGAAAGAGAACUCAAAGAAAUUGAAAUGAAGCUAACUGAAAUGUAUGAAGCAACGUUUGCUAAAGAACAAGAAAUGUUUUCUAAAACACAAGCGCAGCUUGACGAACUGAUAUUAAAGUAUCAGCAAGAUAAGGAACAAUCGCAGCUUCUUAAGCAGCAAAUCAAAGGUUUAGAAAAGGACGUAAAAGAUAACAAAGGAGAGAACAAAGAAAAGAUUAAAGAAACAUUAGAACACCUACAAAAGGAUAAGAUCGCCAUUAAGGCUGUAAGAGAGAAGGAAGAACGUGAAAUCAAAGAACUGGAAAAGAUUAAAGAAAAGCAAAGAAAAAUUCAAGAAGAUUUGACGAAAAUGCAAGAAGAAGAAAAGGAAAGGAUGGCUCGUGAAGCGAAUGAGAAAUAUAGAAAAGCGGAAGAAAACGCCCGGGACAACUAUAGGGAAGAAAUAGAACAAGAAAAGGGCCUUUUCGCGAAAAUGCAAAAUACGGUUGGGUCUUUCCUAAGUAAGCUGAAACCAUUUAAAUGAUUUCCUGAAUGUAUCAAUUGAAGAAAAAUGCAUUGUCAGGUAGAUUGCUAUAAAAUGUACAUUUAAUGUAAUUUUUCAAUAUAUUCUCAUUUCCAAAAAAUGACAAAUACCCAAGAUAUGCAAGACAUGCACGCACAAGAAAUAUUUAGAGCCCAAUAAAUCAUAACUAACGACCUGUUUUCACUCUAUUUCAAAAGUCAUUGAUGUCAGAAUUCAAAAAAGGUUAAUGAACAGCAAGUCAACAAAGAACAAAGAAAACUUCACAGCAAUCCCAAAUUGAAAUUGAUGAAUGAAGCAUGUCUACAAACAAAAUCAAUCAAACGUAUUCAAGGGAUGUGUAGAUGAAUUCCAAAGGCAAUAAAGUGACACAAACUUCAAAUAAAGGACGUAAAAUUAGCUUUACUUCAAUUACGACGCACAGAGUGGUAAAAUCAAUCAGAGAGAGGAUGAUAUGAUCUCCAUGAAAAAUUUCCAUACAACAAAAGAAAACAAAAGCAACGUAAAAAGGUUAGGAGGAAAAUCUCAAAUAAAAAAGAUUCAAAUCA